GCCAGAGGUCAACGCUUCCUCGCGGCGAGCUACUUGAUCAGUUUCUCUGGGGUGGGGGGGUGAGGGCAGACGCUCGCCUCCCUGUCGCCGUCCGUCGAAGGCUCUUCCCUUCACUAAAAUGUCGGCGCCGAUAAGGAGUUAAGUACAUUGGGUAAAUGGAGAGCCAUGUUGAAGCAUGGCCAGAGGGCCAGCGUUCCCAGGAGGCUCCAGGAGGUGUCCGAACGGCCCCUGGAACUGAGGAAGAAUGUGCUGUUCUCUACUCAGAUGCUGAGGACGACCCCUCACUCUUGACAGUCAAUGGAGCAGGCCCCCGAGCCCCCUUCCAUUGCUCUGAAUGUGACAAGAGCUUCCGCUACCGUUCGGACCUGCGACGCCAUUUUGCCCGACACACUGAACUGAAGCCUUUCCAGUGCCCUCACUGUGUCAAGAGCUUUAAGCAUUCUUUCAACUUGGUGAACCACAUCCGGAGUCACACUGGGGAGCGCCCCUACCGCUGCACCAUGUGCCCCAAAGGCUUCCGGGACUCCACGGGACUUCUUCACCACCAGGUGGUCCACACUGGAGAGAAGCCUUAUUGCUGCCAUAUCUGUGAGCUUCGUUUCUCCUCCCGCAGCAGUUUGGGCCGCCACCUGAAACGCCAGCACCGGGCGUCUCCUGCCACUGCAGCCCCUCAAGCACCUACCCCGCGCUGCUUGGCCUGCGGCAAAGAGCAGAGUCCCUUGGGGCACCUUUGCGCUGCUGGCCGAGGUCGGGCUGCCCCUUUUGGUUGUGGGGCCUGUGGGCGACACUUCCAGCUAGCUUCUGAACUUCGCCGUCAUUGGCUGGCUCAUACCGACAUCAAACCCUUUAAAUGUCCAGAUUGCGAGAGAGACUUUAAUGCUGCGUCCCUCUUGGAACGCCAUAAGCUCACUCAUGCCAAGGACAGGCCCCCACCAUGCCAGCUUUGCUCCAAGAAAGCUCAGAAGAGGGAUGGGAGGAUGCUGGAACUGAAGGGCAUGGAGGAAGAGCCAAAAGGAGGUGAGCAGCAGGAGGAGGAAGCCCAGCGGCACAGCAGAGGCUGUCCAUCCUGCCACUCUCCUGAUACUCGCCCCCCAGACACGUUAUACCAAUGUGAGUGUGGAACCUUUUUUGCCAACAGCAGCACUCUUGCAGCUCAUCUGACUGCCCACGGAGGGGAGCCCUCUUUCACCUGUGGCAUAUGUGGCCAGCCCUUUGUGAACUUGCAGGCCCUGGAGGAGCACCAGUUGAGCCACACUGUGUCCACAGUGCCAGUGCCAGGUCCAGGCAGCGAGCUAGAACGUCACCUGUUGCCCCAGCUGGAUCUCCGGACAUAUCCAACUCAGCCCGGCAAGAAACUCUACAAGUGCAGCGAAUGUGAGAAAUUCUUCCGCAGUCCCCGAGACCUGGACCGUCAUGUCUUGGUGCACACCGGUGAGAAACCCUACCAGUGCACUGAAUGCGGCAAGUUCUUCCGGCAUGAAUGUUACCUGAAAAGGCACCGUCUGUUGCACAGUGGUGAGCGUCCUUUCAAGUGCACUGUCUGCCACAAGGGGUUCAUCACCCUGAGCAACCUCUCCCGCCAUCUCAAGCUGCACCGAGGGAUUGACUAGGAGGGCUAUCCUGAACUCCUAAGAAUAACCCUCCUUCCCCAGCACUACCUCCAUCUCACAGUGGCAGCCACAGAUGUUCCCAUUUUGGAGGUAGACUUCUGCCUGAAGUUCUCAAACUCUGCCUGCCCUCACUCUCCUUCUCAGUUCAGUACUUUAGGGCAAGGACUUAAAAUGAAAGGAUAAAGAUUAUUAUUGUUGUUGUUGUUGUUGUUAUUAUUUACCAAUGUUCCACUACUGUUAAUAGAGUACAUUGCACAUGCUUGGCAAAUUAUAAGGUGUGUCCGGUAGAGAGGAAUAUUUCCCUGUUUAUUGCCCUGA